GUGUAACAACUUUGCCUAUUUCUUGCUGCUGAUGAAAACAACAACAAAAGCACAUCAUGAAGAAAAUGAGCAUCUUCAGUUUCUCAGUGUUGUUCAUGACAAUUAUGAGCCUUUCCUGCCUGAGAAUUUUUAAUUUAUCUCAUGAUUCCGGGACAAAUUCUGCCUCACUUUCUGAAAACAUCUCUUUUGUUUCAGUGUGGAAUGCACCAUCAGUUCGUUGUUCAGAAAAACAUAAUAUUUCUUUAGACUUGCGUCAGUUUUCUGUAAUAAGUUUUCCAAUGGCUAAUAUGAUAGAUCAGCCUCUCACCAUUUUCUAUAACCUGAGACUAGGACUCUACCCUUUUAUAGAUGAAGAAAAUGAAGAACACUUCAAUGGUGGAAUCCCUCAGGAAGCUAGCCUCCAAAAGCACCUGGAACAAGCCAAAGAAGACAUCAAGUUCUACAUUUCAUCUGAAAUGGUCAAAGGAUUAGCUGUGAUUGAUUGGGAAAACUGGAGACCUAUUUGGAUGAGAAACUGGGGAAAGAAGAUCUUCUAUCGGAAGCUGUCUCUGGCUCGCGAAAGAGAAGCCAACCCGUUUUUUUCUUUGAAAGACAUAAAAAAAAUGGCAAAAGCAGAAUUUGAAAAGGCUGCAAAGAACAUCAUGAAAGAAACAUUAAAGCUGGGUAAAGAACUGAGGCCCAAUCUCCUCUGGGGCUUUUAUCUGUUCCCUGAAUGUUACAAUCACAGGAAUAUCCUUAAUGAGCAGUAUGAUGGCCAGUGCCCAGUACGCGAGAAGGCAUACAAUGAUGAACUUCACUGGCUCUGGGAAGAAAGCGCAGCUCUCUACCCAUCCAUUUAUUUCUUUCAACAGUUGAAGGAUUCUAAGAAAGCAGCACUGUUUGUUCGCUAUCGUGUUCUGGAAGCAAUGAGGGUGGCAAAGCUUUCAAAACAGCCAGAUCCAAUUCCUGUGUAUGUUUAUCAUCGUCCUAAAUUUGUUGGUCGCACCCAAGAAUUCCUGACAGAAGUGGAUCUUGUGCAUUCUGUAGGAGAAAGUGCAGCUCUGGGAGCUUCAGGGAUUGUGUUUUGGGGAGCCUACAGUGACUUCAGUGAUAAGGAAAAGUGCUCUGCCAUGGGUACAUAUUUAGAAGAAAUUCUGAAUCCUUAUCUUGCAAAUGUUACUGCCGCCACACAACUCUGCAGUUCUGCGAUAUGCAGGAACACUGGUCGAUGUGUCAGAAAGCAUCCACACUCCAGUGACUACUUGCAUUUAAACCCCCGCAGCUUCAAGAUAGAAAAAGAUGCUGAAGGGAAACAUGUGGCUGUUGGUUCACCCUCUGAAAGUGACCUGGAUGGAUUCCGAAAAAAAUUCACCUGUUAUUAUCCUGGGAGGGGUUAUAGGGACACUUAA